GAUGCCAAAGGAAAUAACAACAGUAGUAUCUAAACUCACACAAAUUAAAGUCUCUCCAGUUGUACAGUGAGUUAACAGGGAAAUUGCUCUCAGUAAAGGGGAUGGGCCGGCAGCGCUGUGGGACAAAAAUACAGAAAAAACUACUCUCCCAGCCAGUCCAAAGAGUCAAGAGAAAAAAAACAGAGCAGGGGUCCAGGAGGAGAUUUGCAUGGCACCCUCUCCCCGGACCAACAGAGGUCCAGGUUUGCAGACGUCACUGGUCGAGGAUCUUUGUUUUCUCUCCACCUCUCGGUGGAGGAAUACAAGUUCAUCAUCCAGCCAGGGACGGGACGGUCUCCUCUGCCGCUCCUCUCCUCCAUCUAUCGGCUUGCACUGGGCUUAUUUCUCCUGUAUGGUGGAUAUCCUGCUCAACACUUCUUUCUUGGAUGAUAUGGGGGAUCAUUCAAAAAAGAAGUCGGGAAUCGCAAUGUGUGUGGGCUGUGGAAGUCAGAUACACGACCAGUACAUCCUGAGAGUCUCCCCGGACCUGGAAUGGCAUGCAGCCUGCCUCAAGUGUGCAGAGUGCAGCCAGUACCUGGACGAGACCUGCACUUGCUUCGUCCGAGACGGGAAGACUUACUGUAAAAGAGAUUAUGCAAGGUUAUUUGGCAUCAAAUGUGCAAAGUGUAACAUGGGCUUCUGCAGCAGCGACCUGGUGAUGAGAGCCCGGGACAAUGUGUAUCACAUGGAGUGUUUUCGGUGCUCGGUGUGCAGCCGUCACCUUCUGCCGGGGGACGAGUUCUCUCUGCGGGACGAUGAGCUGCUGUGUCGGGCGGAUCACGGCUUGCUGGUGGAGCGGGCCUCUGCAGGGAGCCCGCUCAGCCCGGGGAACAUACACACCAGAACGCUGCACAUCUCAGAACCGGUUUCGGUCCGGCAUCCUCCCCAUCACCGGAACCACGUCCACAAGCAGUCCGAGAAGACGACCCGGGUCCGGACGGUGCUGAACGAGAAGCAGCUCCACACCCUGCGGACCUGCUACAACGCCAACCCGCGACCGGACGCUCUGAUGAAGGAGCAGCUGGUGGAGAUGACCGGCCUGAGCCCCAGGGUGAUCCGGGUCUGGUUUCAGAACAAGCGCUGCAAAGACAAGAAGAGGUCGCUCCUGAUGAAGCAGCUUCAAUCACAGCAACACAGCGACAAAACCAAUCUGCAGGGCCUGACAGGCACACCUCUGGUGGCAGGCAGUCCCAUCCGGCACGACAACACCGUGCAGGGGAAUCCAGUGGAGGUGCAGACCUACCAGCCACCGUGGAAAACUCUCAGCGACUUCGCCCUGCAGAGCGACCUGGACCAGCCCGCCUUCCAACAGCUGGUGUCCUUCUCUGAGUCGGGCUCUCUGGGCAACUCCUCGGGCAGCGAUGUGACCUCCCUGUCGUCUCAGUUACCAGACACACCGAACAGCAUGGUGCCGAGUCCCGUCGACACGUGAAGAGGCCGCGAGGUCGAGCUGGAGCUCCUCGAGCGCGCACCCGCGUCCUCUGCAAGGGGGGGGACGCGCAGAGACCUCAGUGACAUUCAAUCAAAGAAAAAAAAAAAACGAAUUAAAGGACCCGGAUGGAUUUAUGCUCGAGGAUACAUUCAGGUGCCGACUGGAGGAAUUGGAGAUCUGACUAUUCCCUUUACAUUUAGGCAUUUGUAGCUCACUGUCUUGCUCAAGGACACUCCGGCAGGACACAGCUGUUGAUGGACAUUAUGGGCUCCUACAUAUGGGACCUUCUUACCAUGAUGCCAAUGCCUAAAGUGGCCAUAACGUGGUGAACAUGUUACGGGACGUCUGAAGGUUACAGUAUGUUUAUCAGGAACACAAACUGUGUACAUGUGCAUGAUUUCUAUGUUUCAAUAUCGACUCUUGUAAAUUAAUGAAACGGAUGAGAUGCGCAUUGUUGGCGUUUUCUCUCCAGAAAAUAAGUUAUUAUUAUUUAU